CAAAGCAAGUCCAAAAACCAAAACCCUCAUUCUUCCUCCUUCCCUUGUGUCGCCACCGGCAGCGCCACCGCCUCCUCCUCCCGCCGCCCUCAGUCCCCGAUGGACGAAGCACCGGAGCAGCCGUCGUCGGACCCCCCCACUCCGCCUCAGGAGCUCAACCAAAGGUCCAAGAAAAACAAGAAAGGCCGCACGAAGAAACCGAAGCGAGCCGCCGCCGCUGCCACCUCCUCUUCUGGCCCCACCAUGGUCGAGGACCCCUUCUUCGUCCUCGCCGGCGGCAAGGAAGGAGGGUUCCUGGAGCUGGAGGAGAUCGACGGGGCCGACUUUGGAAUCUUCGGGGGCACCGUAGAGGACGUGGAAGCAAGUGACAGGAAGGUGGGGAGUGACCAGAAGAAGAAGAAGAAGAAGAAAAAGCGGAAGCGCGGGCAUGGUGCCGAGCGCUUGGAUGGGGACGAUGAUGGCGAUUGCGCAUCAGGCGAGCUGGUUUUUGAGAGCAAGGAGGAGGGUAACAAGGGUGAGAAGAAGGGAAAGAGUAAGAAGAGAAACAGGAAGAAGAGGAAGGUGAAAGAUACGGAGCAGGAUUCAGAGAGCAAGGAGGAUGUUGACAAUGUGGAAGAUAUGCAAGAUGGCAUUGAAAAUAUGAAACAAGAUAACGAUGAUGAGCUGAAAUUGGGUGAAGAUGAAUUUUAUGCAUGGCUAGAGCUAAGACUGCACCCCCUUCUUGUCAAGGCAAUGCACAGACUUGGAUUUAAAGAACCAACACCUAUACAGAAGGCUUGCUUUCCUGCAGGGGCUCAUCAAGGCAAGGAUGUUAUUGGUGCAGCUGAGACAGGUUCUGGUAAGACACUUGCUUUUGGUCUCCCUAUUUUGCAACGCCUUCUUGAAGAACGAGAGAAGGCCACAAGAUUAAAUGUAGAAGACAAAAAGGCGAUGGAGGAAAGUUCUACAGGAGGCCCACUCCGUGCACUUAUUUUGACACCCACCAGAGAACUUGCCAAACAGGUUUGUGAUCAUCUAAAAGAAGCAUCAAAGUUCUUGGGAAUCCACGUUGUUCCUAUAGUUGGUGGUUUGUCCAUGGAAAAGCAAGAGCGACUUUUGAAAAAGAAGCCUGAAAUUGUUGUUGGAACUCCAGGAAGAUUAUGGGAGCUAAUGUCAACAGGCAAUCAGCACCUAGUUGAGCUGCAUUCAUUGUCAUUCUUCGUGUUGGAUGAAGCUGAUAGAAUGAUAGAGCGGGGUCAUUUCAAAGAACUGCACUCAAUUAUUGAGAUGCUUCCACUGUCUAACAGUUCUGAUGAACAAGCUGUAAGAGCCACGCCAAGCUGUGAAACUGUGCUAAAUUUGCAAAUAAAGAAGAGGCAAACCUUUGUCUUCUCAGCCACGCUGGCACUAUCGGCUAACUUUCGCAGCAAGUUGAAGCGUGGCCUAUCUACUUCAAAGGCAUCGAUGGCUGAUAAUCUUAGCUCUAUUGAAGCACUUUCGAAGCAGGCUGGUAUGAAACCUAAUGCAGAAAUCGUUGAUCUGACAAAUGCUUCGAUCUUGCCUGAGAAACUUGAAGAAUCAUUCAUCGAGUGUAGCGAUGAUGACAAGGAUGCCAAUCUGUAUUAUAUAUUAAGUGUUCAUGGGCAAGGCCGCACGAUAAUAUUCUGCACAUCAAUCGCUGCACUGCGUCACAUUUCUUCCUUAUUGCGCAUUCUUGGAAUUAAUGUCUUAACUAAUCACGCUCAAAUGCAACAAAGGGCCCGCAUGAAGGCUGUUGACCGUUUCCGUGAAAGUGAGAAUUCCAUUUUGGUUGCGACCGAUGGUUUUGCAAGGGGCAUGGACUUUGAUAAUGUUCGAACUGUUAUCCAUUAUCAACUGCCACACUCAAGUGAUGUUUAUAUCCACAGGAGUGGAAGGACAGCUCGUAAAUCAUUGGCUGGCUGCAGUAUUGCGUUAAUAUCUCCCGCUGACAAGGCCAAGUUUUACUCUCUUUGCAAGUCAUUUUCAAAGGAGAACCUGCAGCAGUUUCCUGUUGAUCAUGCCUACAUGCCUGCAGUAAUGAAUAGGCUCUCCCUUGCUCGGCAGAUCGACAAGAUAUCACGUAAAAAUUCACAGGAAAAUGCUAACAAAUCAUGGCUUCAGAGGAAUGCUGAAUCCAUGGGAUUGAUAUUGGAGGGUAGUGACAGUGAGGAAGAGCGUGUACAGGGCCACAAACAACGAAAGGCAAUUUCUGCACAGCUCCAGAAGCUUCAACAGGAUUUGAACGAACUCUUGCAACGUCCCUUGCAGCCUAAAACAUUCUCACGGCGCUAUUUGGCUGGGGCUGGUGUUUCACCGUUGCUUCAAAAGCAACUAGAAGAGUUGUCUAAAAGGGAUGUAAAUGGUAAUAGCAGUAAGAACGAAAAUAAAGGAUCUCAGUUUGUUAUUAUUGGUCAGGAUCGUAUGGAACCCUUGCAAGCUCUUCAAAAUUCUGGACAAGAGAUUUGUGUGAACAUGGACAAGCAAAGAGAAAAGCGAAGACUUGCUGAGAAUUGGAAGCGGAAGAAGCACGAAGAAAAGAAAAGCACACGAGAGCAAAAGAGGAAGGACAGGCGAAAAGCUAAAGAGAGGGACUGAAUAACAGAGGAAAUCGGGAAAGAGGAGCCAUUUAUCUUGGGGUUAGAAGAAGUUGAAGUUUGCCCCUUGAGUUCCACAGUUCAUUUUAAGAUAGCCUGCACCGAUGUUUUUGUUGAGAUAGAUCAUUGAAGGCACCAAAUUUAGUUGGCGGAAACGAAAUUGAGUAGAUGGAUGUCAUCUAGCAGCUGAAGUUAGAACCGAGCCCCAGCAUAGAGAGAUGGAAAACCUAAGCACAUUGCUCGGUUGUGUUGUGAACAAUUAACUCAUUUCUGUAACAUGUAUACGUUUGCCACAGUACUUUUCUUGGAAAUGGAGGUGGUACUCCGCCCUUAGCCUCCAUUAA